AUGCCGCAGAAGAUUAUUCUCGAUUGUGAUCCCGGAAUCGAUGAUGCCGUGGCCAUCUUUCUCGCCUACGGCAACCCGGAGAUCGAGCUGCUGGCCAUUACGACGGUGGUGGGCAACCAGACCUUGGAGAAGGUGACCCGGAACGCGCGGCUGGUAGCUGACGUGGCCGGCAUCGUUGGUGUGCCCGUCGCGGCUGGUUGCGCCAAGCCCCUCGUACGCGGUGUGCGGAAUGCCUCUCAGAUUCACGGCGAAACCGGCUUGGGUAACGUCUCCUACCCACCAGAGUUCAAGACAAAGUUGGACAGCCGCCAUGCAGUGCAGGUGAUCAUCGACCUUAUCAUGUCGCACGAGCCCAAGACGAUCACGCUUGUGCCUACGGGUGGCCUGACGAACAUUGCGAUGGCUGUCCGGCUUGAGCCGCGCAUCGUGGAGCGUGUGAAGGAGGUCGUUCUGAUGGGUGGCGGCUACCAUACUGCUAAUGCGUCUCCUGUCGCGGAGUUCAACAUUCUCGUCGACCCGGAGGCGGCACAUAUUGUGUUCAACGAGAGCUGGAACGUAACAAUGGUGGGGUUGGACCUGACGCACCAGGCGCUCGCCACGCCGGCGGUCCGGAAGCGGGUGAAGGAGGUGGGCACGAAGCCGGCUGCAUUCAUGCUGGGGAUUUUGGACUUUUAUACAAAAGUGUACGAAAAGCAGCGCAACACGUACGCCACGGUGCACGAUCCCUGCGCUGUGGCGUACGUGAUUGACCCCACAGUGAUGACGACGGAGCGAGUGCCAGUCGACAUCGAGCUCAAUGGGGCACUGACGACUGGGAUGACGGUCACGGACUUCCGCUACCCGCAGCCAAAGAACUGCCACACGCAGGUGGCGGUAAAGCUGGACUUCGACAAGUUUUGGUGCCUCGUGAUUGACGCACUCGAGCGCAUCGGCAAUCCUGAAUGA